AAAUUCGCGUUUUACUAGUAUUUCGGUAUUCUGCGUUUCUUCGUAGAGUCGUUCUCCUACUGUAUCCCCAAAUAUCAAUUGCCCUUUCAAAAACCCUAUUAUCGUCUUCGAUUACCAUUCAAUUUUUCAGGAUUUUGAACAUUCUCGUUGUAUAUCGAUUUUAUAUCCGUAGAUACGAUCCACUAUAGAUUGGAUCAUCAAAACGCAUGAUAAGUACUUGAAUAAUUCAGGGCGUCUUUGUGAAGAACUGGCGCUAGCAUCUCAAACAAAUUUCUAUUAGCUUAAUCUGCUAUAAAACUCUUGACGACAGAUCUGUAAACGAAUGCUUGUGUGAUUGAUAGCUUCUCAAAGUAAAGAUGGUGAAGCUGACAAUGAUUGCCCGUGUCACUGAUGGCCUUCCGCUAGCUGAAGGACUGGAUGAUGGGCGUGAUAUGCAGGAUGCAGAGUUCUACAAACAGCAAGUCAAGGCAUUGUUCAAGAACCUUUCAAGGGGACAAAACGAACCCUCAAGAAUGUCUAUCGAAACUGGCUCUUAUGUUUUCCACUAUAUAAUUGAAGGGCGAGUAUGUUAUUUGACAAUGUGUGAUCGUGCUUAUCCAAAGAAACUUGCCUUCCAAUAUCUUGAAGAUCUAAAGAAUGAAUUUGAACGUGGUUAUGAAAAUCAAAUUGAAACUGCUGCAAGGCCAUAUGCUUUCAUUAAAUUUGAUACAUUUAUACAGAGGACUAAGAAACUGUAUCAGGACACAAGAACUCAGAGGAACAUUUCUAAGUUGAAUGAUGAACUCUAUGAAGUUCACCAGAUUAUGACUCGUAAUGUACAGGAAGUUCUUGGUGUUGGUGAAAAAUUGGACCAGGUGAGUCAAAUGUCAAGCCGUCUAACAUCAGAUACUCGUGUAUAUGCUGAUAAAGCAAGAGACUUAAAUCGACAGGCUUUGAUCAAGAAGUGGGCACCUGUUGCAAUUGUCCUUGGAGUUGUUAUCAUACUGUUCUGGCUCAAAGGGAAGAUAUGGUGAUAUGUCAUGGCAUUGGCAUGGAAAUGUUCUUCCAUUUUUAAUUAGUUCCAUUUACAGAGAGGUUUUAAGUUAAUUUCUGUUGCAUUAUCCAUCUGCCACCUUCGAAUGGAAAUUUUUGUUUUUACAUUUCACUGACAAGUAUUCACUUUUGCAUAGGUUUUUACAUGAAUUUGUUCUUAUAUUAUGCCUG